CUUAUAGUUUUUAUAUUCCUUCUAUGGUUGAAUUCAAAAUUAAAUUAUUGAUCAUCCAGCCUUUAUCUCAAUAUAAGUUGGAAAAAAAAUGGGAAAGGCCAAGACUUAUCAAUUGCAUAUUUAACCCAAAGCAAAACAACUGCCUUUGUAUUCUUAACGUAUAAAAUUUGAAAAUGUGUUCUAAAUUUGCGACGAUACUGUUUUUUAUGCUUUUUCAAAGUUGUAUCUGUUUAAAUGAUAGGAUUUCUGUUUGUACGCAAAUAGAUUAUCGCAUUUAUGAAGGAUACAUACCCAAAGGAAACACGACGGCAGGUGCAUAUCUUCUCAUUAAGAAUGUGGCAAACCUAGAUGAUUGUAUUUCAAAAUGUUGUGAAAUUGAAGUAUGCAAUGCUGUUCUGCGUUACAAUGGAAAAUGUUAUGUCCUUAACUGCGAAUCCAACGAAAAAUGUAUUCCAAUGUUGCAUCAUAAUUCGGAUAUUAGAGACAACAUAACUAUGGUGCUAGUUAGACCAAAACAGAAGAAUGAAAAUUGGGAGAGUAUAUUGAAAGCGCAAGGAUUGAACAAUGAGAGUAAUGGUGAACAAUUAUUUCCAGAAAUUUCUUCGAAUGGAAGACAAAUGAAGUCUAUUAAAACUGACCCAUCAAGGAAAAAUUUAAAUUUUGUAUGGACACAAAUUGAAGGUCCUACGAAGUUACAAUUUCUCCAAACUUCAAAUACUCAGUUUGAUAUAAAAGCACUGUCAACUGGAAAUUAUACCAUCAAAUUAUUUGUAAAAGAUGAAGAAAAACUGAAAACCACUACAGAUUUUGAAACCACAGAAAAUGAACCAACAACAACAGAAUCAAAAGGAAAUAUUACCAAGCUAACUCUCUAGGUUAUGGACACAUGACAUUCUUGUAAAAAUUCAAUCGAUUAUAGGGCUCCGGAUUAUUUUUUAGAAAAAUCAUAUCCAAUGGAAAAUAAUAUUUCAAGGAUCAUGAUAUUUCAAACAAAUUUUGCAGAACUCUCGGUUUCAUUGAUGGCUUACCCUUUACUCGUUGUUGAAGCAAUGAUUUAACUGAUAUGUUCCUAGGGAUAACUCUGUAUAAACCUAAAUUGUAAGAUUUAUAUAUUUUAUAUCAAGUUAAUUUAUAAUGACAUUAGUAUUAUGAGCAUUAAAAUUCUUGAGGUUUCUUGUAAUUAUUGAAUGAUAAUUUUUGAGAUAUUUCCAGAUCUCCAGCAAUGCAGAUUUUCAAAUUUUUGUAUAUCUUUCUCUAUGAAAUGUUAGAUGAUUUGAAAAUCUUAGUGUUCUGUGGUUUGAACCACAGAAUACUUACUGUAGCAUUUGAUCUACUGAAAAUAUGGAUCUACGAACUUCAGAAUUAUUUUUUUUAUGAUAAACAUAAAUCAAUCAUAGGGAUUUUGACACCUAUCAAAUGAUAUUGUCAAAUUAUAAUUGUUUCUUCUUGCAAUUUGAACCGAAAAUUUAGCACAACAUCUGUCUGGUUGAUGAGUCUUGUGACAAGUAUUGCCUAAUAUUAAAACAAAAAAUACUUGAAUCAAUUUCACCAUUGUGGGUAAUGAAAAGCAAUUUUUAAUCCAGUUUGGAGCCAUGAAAAUACAGAAUUGAUGACAGAACAAGAUUGAUAACGUUUAACUGAUCUUUAAUCUCCAGCUUAGUUAGAAUGAUAAAAAUGAUCAUUUCAAUUGAGCGGAUAGCAUUUUUGCUCUUUAUAUUUUUCGGAAAUAAUUUAGGUAUCAGUAACUGGAGAUUAUCUUGCCCAAAGUUAUUUGAACAUACUUUUAAGGGAUAUGUUCCCAGAGGGAAUCUAUCCUCAGGAACCUUUACUAGUAUUGAAGGCGUUACUGAUUUGAAACCCUGUGUUUUAAAAUGCUGUGAAGACUAUAAAUGCAAUGUAGCUUUUAUGAAUCAUAAAAUAUGUUACCAUAUUGCUUGUAUAUCAAAUGAUCUAUGCAUACCUAUGUUGCAUCCAGAUCCUGAGGUAGAAAAAAAUGUUUACAUGAUCUUGGUAAAACCAGUUGAUGACGAUGAGAGCUGGGAAGAAAUUUUAACUGCUCAAGAUCCUCAAGAGGAAAAAAAUGGAGGGUUCUUGAAAUCCAUUGAUAGAAAAAAGUUGCAAGAAGCUUACAAAGAUUUCAUGGUAGAAGAAUAUAGCAAUCCAUAUGAAUGUGAGGUUGGUGAUGAGUCUUGUCUUGAAAAUGAAAUUUGUGUUCCUACAAAAAAAAGAUCACCAAUAGGAACCUGUGAGUGCAAACCAAACUAUGAACGACUCUCUCAAGGUACAUGUGUGCCUUCUUCAUCACUUGGUUUCAAAGAAAACACAAUUUCUGACAUGUUAACUGAAAGAAUCCUUCAAGUAACAACUAAUAGAACAGUCCCCGUGACUAGAAAGCAAUUAAGCAUUACAGCUGAUUCGAAACAGGUCAAGUUGCCAGAGAAUGAGGUGUCCUUAGAAGCCAAAGUAUCACCUGAAGAAUCAGAUGAAAAAUACCAGUUUGAGUGGACUUCAUUACAUCAACCUGAAGGUAGUACAGCAGUUAAACAUCAGAACGGCGGGAAAUUGCAGCUGAGUAAACUUUCUGAAGGGUUGUACAUGUUCAAGGUUAGUGCAUCUACUACUACAUCUUUUGGUGAAACUUUCGUAAAUGUGACAGUUCUACCACCAUCCAGAAUUAAUAAGCCCCCAGAAGUUGUUAUAACUCCAGCUAAUCAGACUAUAAAACAACCAAAUGCCGCUGCAGUACUUGAUGCUUCGUCUUCAAAAGAUGAUGAUGGUAUUGUAUCCUGGCAUUGGGAACUGCAACAAGGCCCGUUGGGUUAUCAACCACAACUCAGUGAUAAUCCAACAUUACAACUGAAUGAUUUGACCAAACCAGGAAAUUAUACAUUCAAAUUGACAGUAACUGACACAGACAAAGCUACAAGUUCCAGUUUGGCCAACAUAACAGUUUUAAAGAGUAACGAUUAUCCCCCAGAAGCAAAUGCAGGAGAGGAUAAAAUCAUCUAUUUGCCGCACAAUGCCAUAACCUUAAACGGAAACUUGAGUACGGAUGAUCAUAACAUCACAACUUGGGAAUGGAUUAAGAGUCCUGAUGACGCCCAAAAAGCAGUAGAUAUGCAGGAUACUAGAACGCCUUAUUUACAACUAUCAAACCUUGAAGAAGGAAUGUACACUUUCACUUUAAAAGUGACCGAUAGUGCAGGACAAAGCAGCACAGCUCAGGUUCAUGUUUUCGUGAAACCUCCGACGAACAAACCACCAACAGCCGAAGCCGGAUCAAAUAUAACCAUGAGUUUACCACAAACUUGGGCGGUGGUAGACGGAAGAAACAGUUCCGACGACAACAAAAUCGUUGCUUUCAAGUGGGAACAAAUCGAGGGGCCCUCGAAAGUUGAAUUUCACCCGGAAAACGCGAGUGUUUCAAACGUUACAGGUUUGACCAAAGGAACGUAUACAAUCAAGCUCAGCGUCACCGAUGAUAACAACAACGUUGCCAGCGAUACUGUUUACAUUAUAGUCAAUCAGAACAAAAACCAGAAGCCUACUGCCAACGCAGGUCCAGACCUAGACGUAGAACUGCCCAGAAACGUGAUUUACGUCAACGGAAGCGCCUCCAAAGACGAUUGGGCUAUAGUCAAGUGGAAAUGGGUCAGAGACGAGAAAUCCCUGGCUCUCGGCAACAUAGCCGAAGAAUCAGACGAGAGUCCAAUACUCAUAAUUUCCGAUCUGGCAGUGGGAAAAUACAUCUUCAAUUUGACAGUUUACGAUGAACAAGGCUUGAGCGAUACAGAUCAAGUCACCAUAAACGUCAAGCACGAUCCGAAACUUUUCUACCUGAUCGAGAGCACCAUCGAUGUUUACGCUAAUUACUUGACGGAAGCACAAUACGGCAUCCUCAAGAGCAAGUUGGCUUUGUUGGUGUCUAACGAGAACAAAAUGAUUUUCCGCAAUGUACAGACAGAACGGGGUGAAGGCAAAGCCAAGAUCACCUUUUACGUAGAAGACAAGACUGGUAAAACUGUCCCUGCAAACGAAGUAGUCGGUAGGUUACGUCGCAAGUUGAAACUUGACUCCAGCCUGCUCGGUUUCACCGUAGCCAAACUGCAGACCAGUGUCUGUCAGAACAACUGUUCUGGACAUGGGGUUUGCAUAGAGACGACGAGAAUGUGCAAAUGUGAAGCUUUCUGGAUGCAGAAUAUGUUCAAGGUGUAUUUUAAUCCAGGAGAAGAUUCCGAUUGUAGUUGGAGCAUCCUUUAUGUCGUUCUAGCAGUGCUAUCUACGAUUAUUCUUCUGACAGGAAUGCUUUGGGGAACCGUUCUUUUAUGUUGCAAUUUGUGCAAGAGAAGAAAAGACGCCAAUAAACCCACCAAUUACAAAUUGAUUGAAAAUAGUGAUGAUAUUCCGCCAUUUGCUAGAAAAGCUGCUUUGUCGGAUAGCGAUACUGACUCCGAUGUAGUAUUUGAGUCGAGAGUAAAGCCGGGCAAGUUUGGGCAAUCCAGAAACGGCCAUAAACAUACCCGUAAUGGUUUUACGAGAUUGGAUAGACGCAUCAAGAUUUAAUUGCCACACUCUGGAUUUGUUCAUUCGAGUGCCUAAUAUUUUCAUAAUAUGUGUAUGGGUGUCUCACAAAUGAAGGUUCAGGAGAAACAAUGAAUUUCAGUACUUGAUAUUUUUUAAGAAAUUUUCCUUUUUCCAAAUUUUGGAAAAUGCCGAUUUAUAUUGUACUAGAUGAUUUUUAAAUGUAUUACACAUAGUAUUUUAUUCUAUCUGUAUAUAACGUAUUGUUACACUUUUAUAUGUAUUUAAUUAUUUGCAUUUCAUUUUGAAUACUUUUCUAUAUUCUAUUUGAUAUGAGUAAAAUUGCUCAUUUUGAAAUGUGGUGAUAUUUUUUCAGUGGUGCUUUUUAAAUUUGGUGUUGGAUGCUGGGUCAAUUUUUAUCUAGUCAGGAAAUAGCGUAGAAAAAUCGCUCUAAUUCCCGUUUCGCAAUUGUUGUUUUCAACGUUACCAGUGAUUGAAUUCACAAUUUUCAGUUCCUUAACAUGUGUAAGCCAAAAAUUUCUUAUACAUUGUAUUUGACUUUCAUUAAUUCCAUAAUAUAGGUUUUUUUUUAUGUUUACAGUAGUUUAAACUGAGCUUUUAAUCGUGAACUAUGGAUAAUAAAAAUUAUUUCUCAAA